GUAUAUAUCUUAUCAGCCCCAGCUUGAGCCCAGCAACACUCAACGCCUGUAACAUCGCAUACGACAUCGCAUACGACGGCCAGCAUACAGCGAUAAGUUGCUGUAAUUGCGAGAAUAUUGUAAUCUAAUUGUUGAUCCCGAUAUCAACCUGGGACUCUUCCCAUUUGGCCCGCACCGGCACCACCACGUUCGCCAGCUCACUCGCCCAUCCGCUCUCUUCUUCGCUACAGAAGAUCCGAUAAUCUGCCUUUAUCCGGUCUUUCUGGCUUGUAUUUCCUACUGCGCCUUCUUCACUUAUAUACUACUUUAUUCGUAAAAUGUCUCAUUCAAUCUUUCCCCCAUUAUCGGCCGACCCAAGCAUAUCAGAGAUGGACUCCGUCAAAGGAAAUCAUCUCGUCGUCGUCUCCAACCGCCUUCCAAUCACAAUUAACAAGGAUGCGUCGGGAGAGUACCACUUUAAGAUGUCCUCAGGCGGUCUCGUAUCUGCACUUUCUGGUUUCAAAAAGUCCCUAAACUUUACAUGGAUCGGUUGGCCAGGUUUCUUUAUCCCGCUCAAAGAUCGCCCUCACGUCGACAAGCGUCUUAUGGAAGAAUACUCCUGUCAGGCAGUUUACCUCGAUGACGAUGUCGCCGACCGUCACUACAACGGUUUCUCAAACUCUAUUCUCUGGCCCCUCUUCCAUUAUCAUCCCGGAGAGAUGAACUUUGACGAGGAGAAUUGGCUCGCAUACCGCCAGGCAAAUAUGCGCUUCGCGGAAGCCGUUCGUUCCCAGUUGACUCCGGGCGCGAUGGUUUGGGUUCAGGAUUACCAUCUCAUGCUCCUUCCUAUGCUUUUACGUGGUUUGAUUGACGGCACCAACAACGUAGGCGACUUCACCAAGCGCGAGUUGACCAAGAUCACCGAGGGUAUAGAAGAUUCCAUCCCUACACCUAAUAAGAGAAUCCCCGGCAUCAAGAUAGGUUUCUUUUUGCAUACACCAUUCCCAAGUAGUGAAAUCUAUCGUAUACUUCCUGUGCGACGAGAAAUUUUACUUGGCAUUCUAUUCUGUGACCUCAUCGGCUUCCACACGUAUGACUAUGCUCGUCACUUUUUGUCUUCUUGCACGCGUAUUUUGGGUCUGCCAACGAUGCCGAAUGGUGUUGAAUUCGAAGGUCGUUUGGCCCACGUUGGCACGUUUCCCAUAGGUAUCGAACCUGCGUCUUUUAUAGAUAACCUUCAGAAGGACUCGGUUAAAAGUCGUAUCUCUCAGCUCGAGCAGCGCUUUGGGGGUGUUAAAGUAAUCGUUGGUGUCGAUCGCUUGGAUUACAUCAAGGGUGUCCCUCAGAAAUUGCAUGCACUCGAACUAUUUUUAACCCAGCACCCAGAAUGGAUAGGCAAGGUCGUCUUAGUGCAACUAGCUGUGCCUUCUCGUCAAGAUGUUGAAGAAUACCAGAAUCUGCGCUCUACAGUGAACGAGCUCGUGGGUCGCAUCAAUGGUCGUUUCGGCACCGUCGAAUUUAUGCCAAUUCACUUCAUGCACAAAAGCUUGCAGUUUGAUGAACUGUGCGCAUUGUACGCAGUCAGUGAUGUCUGUCUAGUAUCCAGCACGAGGGAUGGGAUGAACUUAGUUUCUUACGAAUACAUCGCUUGCCAACAGGCACGUCAAGGGGUUAUGAUUCUUUCUGAAUUCGCAGGAGCUGCGCAGAGUCUCAAUGGCUCUAUAGUUGUAAAUCCAUGGGAUUCUCAACAAGUCGCCGACGCUAUACACGAGGCUGUCACGAUGGACGGAGAGACGCGCGCUGAGAACCAUCGGAAAUUGUUCAAAUACGUCAACAAGUAUUCCGCGGCGUUUUGGGGUUCUAGUUUCAUCAAAGAGAUGAGCAAGCUCAAGCAAGACGAUGUAGACAAGGAGGGGCAAGCGGAGUUAACGACAAGAACUGAUGAAGGUCCAGGAAGCGAUGUCAUCAACGGCGUGGUCCCGCCAACACCGGCAAUCAACGCGCAGGCAUGAAUAUGGGGUAUUAUGGGGCUGUCUGUAUACCUGUUAUACAACAUUGUAGCGUGUCCUUUGGGAUGCCCUAUGGAGGUAUGCAAAGCCAAUUCACCCCAUGGGCAGGUAAUAUCGGGUUGAACGUAAUUUCACAUAUCCUUUUGUCGUGUUCCUGGUCUUUUUCAUGAUUCUCGGGUAUCCUUGGUUCUCAGUCUAGACCGUAGAGAACAUUGUUUGAACAUAUCGAGUCUUUCAGUUUCUUUUUACCCUACCUCGCUGUGAUGGGUAUUCAGUCCAUGUCUUAUUGCUGUCUUCUGCCAUUUAUCUUUGUUCCCGACGACGCAGCAAGUACGUACACACGAUGCACAAAUGACAAAUGAAGUGCAAAACA